UCUAAUUUUUCUCACGCUCUUCAUUCGCGGAUCCUCGCGAGACUUAAAUUCUUCCCAUAACGCCUUGCAAACCCUUCCUCCUCCCUCUUUCCGCCAUACUGCAGAGCCGGCACCAUGGUGCGCAUGAAUGUUCUUGCAGAUGCUCUGAAAAGCAUCAACAAUGCAGAGAAACGUGGUAAGCGUCAGGUUCUGAUCAGACCGUGCUCAAAAGUGAUCGUGCGGUUCCUUACAGUGAUGAUGAAGCAUGGUUACAUUGGUGAAUUUGAGAUUAUUGACGACCACAGAGCCGGGAAAAUUGUUGUUAAUCUCACAGGCAGACUUAACAAGUGUGGUGUCAUUAGCCCCAGAUUUGAUGUUCAAUUGAAAGAUCUAGAGAAGUGGCAGAACAAUCUCCUACCAUCACGUCAGUUUGGAUACAUUGUGCUAACCACUUCAGCUGGCAUCAUGGACCACGAAGAAGCUAGGCGAAAACACACAGGAGGCAAAAUCCUGGGAUUCUUUUUCUAAAUCUGUACAACAGGCAGGCCAAUAAACUGUUAUCACAAAAAAAUCUUGCUGUGGCUCCUGUUUCUUUUGAUGAGAGGUUUAUCAUGCAACCAUUUAUAAAGAACACUUUGGUGUGCAAACAAAUGCAUACACUAGUGCUUCCGUCCCUGGCAUGUUCUAAUAAAAAGGACUUUUUUUUUUUUUUCUCUGACUCUUUUGAAGGGGGUGUAAAACUGCUAAUUAGCACACAGUCCUUUUGGACAGUGUACUAUAAAAUUGGUUUUACCUUUUUUGUUAAAGGGACAUGACACCCAAUUUUUUUUUUUUCCUUUUUUCAUGAUUUAGACAGAGCAUGCACCUUUAAAGGGCCACUAAACCCAAAAUCUUUCUUUCAUGAUUCAGAUAGAGAAUACAAAUUUAAAAAACAUUACAAUGUACUUUUAUUAUUUAUUUUGCUUCAUUUGUUAGAUAUCCUUAUUUGAAGAAAAAGCAAUGCACAUGGGUGAGCCAAUCAGCAGCUACUGAGCAUAUCUAGGCAUGCUUUUCAGCAAAGAAUAUCAAGAGAAUAAAACAAAUCAGAUAAUAGAAGUAAAUUAGAAAGAUGUUUAAAAAUGCAUUCUCUUUCUAAAUCAUGAAAGAAAAAAUGUGGGUUUCAUGGCCCUUUAAAGGGGCAUGAUACUCAAAUGUUGAAACACUAGAAAGUGAUGCAGCAUAGCUCUAAAAAGCUGACUAAAAUAUCACCUGAACAUCUCUAAGGAGAUUUUACCUCAAAUGUCCUUUUGCAGGACUUAAAGCAGCAAAUCAGUAGGCCUGUCCGCACUUGCAAGGGAGCGUACCUCAUGCACAUGUUUCCCUAUUCAGUUUAAGGAAGUUUUAAAUUUCAUUUGAUCAGUCCAUGACCUCAGCACUGCUGAUGCGGAUUGGAGAUGCUCAGGUGAUAUUUUCCUUUCGGCUUUUUUUAUAGUUAUACUGCAUCACUUUCAAUCUGGUGGCUAAAUGUAGGGUUCUGAACCAAAAAUGGGCUGUCUCCUUGGCUUAUGUUCCUGGAUUUUCAAAUAAAGAUACCAAGAUAAUGAAGGAAAAAUUAAUAGGAAUUAAUUAGAAAGUUGAUUCAAAUUUCCGAGUAAAAAAAAAGUAUGAGGAAUUGCUCCCUUAAAUGUUAUUUUAAGAUUUGAAAAAAUUUCUUUGCUUUUUGAAAUCAUAUCCCAUUGAAAUCGAGAUAUUUGAAAAUAAACAUUCGUACCUCUGUUCCACUCCA